CUUGUGUUGGCGCCUCAUAGAAGAAGGUGUAGUUGGGCGGGGCUUAUGGUCGACCUCCCCCCACUCCCCACCAGCGUUUUAGCAACCGUUGGGAGCUUCGCUGGAGAUCUGGAGAUUCGGAUCUUUCCUGCUGGACCCCGAAUGGCGAAGACGGCCUCCAUAAAACGCCAUAAGGUACAAUGCAUUCUAAGGUGCUGUCUUCUGGAAGGCUGGCAGGAACAACUAAAAUAACAUGCAAUAAAAAACAGGCAGCUCUAAGAAAAACUGUGCAUUCUGAUGCAGAAUCUGGCUACUCCCUCUAUUCCACAGACUCGGAGGAUCAGGUUGCAACUAUUCAUAAUGGCCUUGAUCGCUGUGCUGCCUUGUUGAAGGACAUCUUACAAAAUGAGUCAGAGCGAACAGAACCAGUUCGUCAACCGUCAGGGAAACCAAGCCGUGUCAAAACAACUUCUGGACCCUUACUCAGUAAAGCUAAUGGUGCAAAGAAAAGGGGUCCAAAGAAAACUACUGUUUCUAUGCAUGUGCAUAAAGAAAUUGUGCCUGUAUCAAAUAGAAAACCAGCCUCAGCUGGCAAAACUGCUGGUGAAAAAGAAAGAACCCCUGUAGGCACUGAACAACCCCCUGCGCAAACAAUUCAAGUACCUUCCACUCAGCAUUCUCCCGUAAUCCACCAGAAAUUGUGUGAUCAUGUACAAACUCAAAUGUCUCUGCUAAAUAUCCAGCCUCCACAAAAGUCCAUUGGUAUUCCAGAAGUACCACUUUGCACCAUUCCUGAAAAUGAAUGUCAGUCUGUUGCCGCAUUCAAUUGCCGUUUACCUACUUCCACACCAACGCUGUCCCCACAGCAUAUGGCUAAUCCAUCAGGGGUGCAGUCUGUAAGUAACCUAUGUGAUUUUAAAGGUGUUUCCACGGACAACUACAACCAGUGCACACCACAAAUGGGCUUUCCACCGGCAGGUUUCAGUGUUUCCGCUUCUGUUGCCCCAGUGCAGCCUGUUCCCAUGUGUUCUGCUCUGCCCCAUGUGCUUCAGACUGUUCCAAACAAUCCGACAAACCCCACAGUCUUUGUAACGGCUGGUAGCAAAGAAGCUGUGUCAGACCAAGGACGCCAAGAACAACGGCUAAAAGAGGCAGAUUUAAUACGAUGCAUUCAGGCACACCUGGCUCUAUUGCAGGCACUUGAAAAAGAAAACGAGUGCAAGAACGUUAAGGAAAAGUUCCAGACUGUUGACCUGAUACAAGCCCAAUUGACGAAUUUCCAAGGAGAAACUGUUGAGGAACAUAGCGAGGAUACUCUGAGUGAAGAGGAGGAUGUGGAUGGAGUUGACCUGGCACCAGUGAGAGAUACGAGUUGUCAAACUACCUUUGACCAGGCAGCUUUAAAGCCUCAACAAAAAACCAUUCAAGAAACAGCUAAAAAAAUGAAAACGGUGAAAUAUUUUUUGAAAGAAUUGAAGGCCCUGCUCACUGACCAUGACGAUUCAGAAAUCUUGAGGCUGCUAGGUGAAGUGGAAGAUUGUAUAUCUUUCUUGCCUGCAGCUGUUGACAGUUCAAAUGUGCAAGCCGAAAUAGCACUUGCUCUUCAGCCUCUCAGAAGUGAAAAUGCUCAGUUGCGCAGGCGACUAAGAAUUUUGAACCAGCAGCUCAAAGAACAGAAGAGAGCUGUAAAAGAAUGCAGUCUGAAUGACAACAUUGAAUUCAUCUCCCUUCAGUCCUUGAACAGGACACUGCAGAACCAAUUGAAGGAGUCUGUUAAAAGCAUUGAGUCGCUGCAAAAUAAAAAUGAAGAACUAAUUAAAAUCCUAGAAGACCAAAGAGGAGAAGACAAAAGAUUGACCAGAAUAAUCCAUGAGAGAGAACAAGAAUUGCUUGAAAAAAAGCAGCAGUAUGAUAUUGAAUCAACAAAGCUCAAAAUGGAAGCAGAUGAGAUGCUGGCCAACAUGAAGAGUUUCCAGUAUAAGGUAGAAGCAGCUGAGAAAGAGACCCAGAUCUUGGGUAUUACAUUGCGUCAGCGAGAUGCAGAAGUGAACAGACUGCGUGAAUUGACAAGGGCUCUGCAGGGCAGCAUGUCCAAACUUCUUUCAGACCUCACGAUGGACACUAAACCAAAACCAGGAAAGAGCUUGUCAAAAGCUCUCUUGGAAAUUCAUGAAAAACAGCUGCAGCCCGACAUGUAUCCUCUUAGUGCUUCCAUAAUGAGUUACCUCAAAAAUGUAGAGACUGAUCCUGUUCGGGUAAAUACGGAGCCCUGCUCAAAGGGGGAGAUGAAAGAAGCAGAUCAAAUGUAUGACAGGGCAGCUGAACACUCUCCUCAGAAGUCUCCUGUGGCACAAGCAGUGCUGGCUUCAACAAACAUGUUCACCUUUCUAAAGCCAGAUGUUGAGGCAGCCAGUGACUUGAGCACUUUAGUAGGAGGAGACAAGCCAGAUGAGACUGUCUACAUUCCCUUGACCAGCAGCCCAUCAAAGAGAUCAGCAGCGACAGCAGCAGCUGGAAGAUGCAGCAUGUCUGUCCAAGAUCCUAAAAGCCUUGACCCUGACUUUGGAUGGGCUGAUUCUAAACGGCCAAGCAGGUUUGGGAUGUCGGGUGAGGCAGAAGUCUUCGAUAAAUUCAGUGGUGUCUGCGCUAUAAAAAAGACUGUGGAAAAUAAAUUUGAAAAUACCAGGAGGACAGGAAUGCUGGAAGACAAGAGGCUUCAAAUGCAGCCAAGAGAAAUAACAAAUGGAGCUGCUAAAGAGAUUUUGGACAAUCCAGACAGACUUCAGUCUGAUAAAUUCUUUUGUACUCCAAUUUCACAUUGCAAAGGAAAUGUGCAGAAAAAAGGCAGUGGGAUUUCUGUUCCAGACUCAAGUUUUUCAACCCUUGAUGGCUUGUCAAAGAAAUCAGGAUGGACUGUAUCUUCCUUUUCGACGUUCACUUCGCAGGAUGAAGAAGACUUUAAAAAUGGUCUUGCAGCCUUGGAUGCUAACAUAGCAAGACUGCAAAAGACAUUGCAGAACAAUUUGACAAAAUGAAUCCUCAUGGAUGAAGUGGAAGAAGAAGCAGGCUUUUUUCUUAUCAAAGGGAUUUUUAAAAGUCUGCACUGUAUAUUUUAUUAGUUGUCUUCUGAAUUGAUAUAAAAUUCAGUUAUAGAUAAAGGGCUACUUGUGGGGAAGGCUAUCAAAAUCAAGAGUAAAUCUGAUUUUAAAUUUUAUCACUUAACCAUUGUUCUUGUAAAUAGACUGUUACAUUUGAGUAUUUGUGUCACAUUAAAGCUUUUAAUUUAUUAUUA